UCUGGAGCAGAAGCAGCUAGUCUUACCAAACAAAACAAGCAUGACCAAAUUUGGGGGCUGUAAUACCAGCGGCUCUGGAAUUUAUUAGUUUUAAAGGAGACGCCAGCAAUUGCCCUCAGGGCCAAAUCUCACUUUUUUGUUUUUGUUUGCCGUUAACACAACAAACAACAAUCUGUUAUCUUUACUUUUGUGGAGUACGACUAUACGCAUUCUUUGUGGAUUACUGUCAGGUUUGCAAACUUGAUUUGAUUUCAGUUCGUAUCACUGUAUAUGGAAUACAUCUGUUUCUGGUGGCGCUGCAGUAUGUAUGUUUGUCAUUUGCAGCUCAUGAACAGUAGGAGGCUGUGAAAGUCGAGACGAGGAACACAGUAUUUUGCAGCAGCUUGCAGGAGCUGACAGAAGAGCAAGGCCAUGGAGGGGGACUGUCUAAGCUGCGUAAAGUACCUCAUGUUCAUUUUCAACUUCUUGAUCUUUCUGGGGGGCGCCUGUCUGCUGGGAGUGGGGAUCUGGGUGCUGGUGGAUCCUGCAGGGUUCCAGGAGAUUGUGGCAGCCAACCCUCUCCUCUUCACCGGGGCUUACAUCAUCCUGGCCAUGGGAGCCAUGCUGUUCUUGCUGGGUUUCCUGGGCUGCUGUGGGGCCAUCCGCGAGAACAAGUGUCUGCUGCUCUUUUUCUUCAUGCUCAUUCUGAUCAUUUUCCUAGCAGAGCUGGCAGCUGCAAUCCUUGCCUUCAUCUUCCGGGAGCAUCUGACGAGAGAGUAUUUCACAAAGGAGCUGAAGGAGCACUAUCAAGGCUACAACAACACAGACGUCUUCACAGCCACGUGGAACGCAUUCAUGAACACAUUCGGUUGCUGUGGAGUGAACGACCCAGACGAUUUUGAGGGAAGCUGGUUCAGGCUUCUCUACCCGGAUGACCUGGUCCCAGAAGCAUGCUGCAAGAGAGACACCCACACCAGAGGGGGCGCUUUCAUCAGCAAGGAGGAGUGUCUCAUGGGGAACAUGCUGUUCCGCAACAACAAGGGAUGUUACUCUGCUGUUGUGGACAAUUUUGAGAUGUACAUAUACAUUUCUGGGGCCCUGACUAUAGUGGUGCUGACUAUUGAGCUCUUUGCCAUGGUGUUCGCAAUGUGCUUAUUCCGGGGGAUCCAGUAGGUGGCGCUGUUUCAAAAAGACUUUUAAAAGGGGAAAUCAAGAAAUAGUAGAUUCCUUGUAAUGUAAAAAAAUAAGAAGAAAACGUUUGUUGAUUUUAAUAAAUUGAAUGACCAAGAGGGUUGUACGUCAGGGCUGGAACUCUGAGGUGCCAAAAAAAGAGAAGAAUGGCUAAUUGGAAGAAAACGAUUGAAGAGGCGGGUUGCAUUGCACUGAUGUUGGGGUGAAGAGGAUUUGAUUUGGAGGAGCAGAUAAAGAGGUCUGCGGUGCUACAGCAAGACUUGUAUCAACCAUAGCCUCUUACAACAGGGCCACUUCAUUCAAACCCAGUGUCUUAUUCUGCUUAUUAGACUAACUGAAUAGUCUGUUAGUAGCAAAAACCUUAGCGUGUUCUUACCAUUGCUCCCUCCUUAUUGGAAUAGUCAUACUACACUAUGUCUGAAGGAAUGUUUCCUUGGAAGUUGGGGGGGGGGGGGGGGGGGGGACGAUGUUUGCUGUUAUUUUCUCAAUUUAAUUUUGGUUUGUGAACAUUUGUUAAAUAAAGAUGUGUGCUUUUUCCCCCCUCUCCCCUCCAUUAAUCUGUCGCUUUGACCUUGAUCAGGCAACAUGGCAAAGCAUUUCCCUGUCAGUUUUAUCUUGGUAAAAGUGCAUACCUUAAAUACUCAGGCUAUACAUACUGUAAGAUAUGCAGGUCAUUUCACAGCCUUUCAGAAUCAGGGAUAUUGGGGGAAAAUGUAACUUUACAAAGUUUGCCCUCCUCCCUCCUGUAUAUCUUCUUUUCUACAAUGAAAACAUAUGUAUGAAUAUAUUAAUAUUGAAUGCUUGAUUGUGCCAUUUUAAAUAUAUAUUUCCCUUUUGUGUGUACAACUUUGUAAAAUUGUUAAAAAAAUGGCUGGUAACCAUUUCCCAUGUAUAGCCUACCAUUUACCCAUUGCUCAAUUUUUUAAGCCACUUACUCAUGUUUUGAUAAUAACUGAAUAUUUAACUUGAAUUAUCUCAGUCAAAAGCAGGGUUGUGCCAGAGUAGCCUGUAUAUACAGGGAGGUUUCCCCAUGUCAGUAGGCCACAUGAUGUUGUUAUGGCAUAGCAAUGACACAAUGAAGGGUAGCAAUAUCCUUGGAUUACUGCAACCACUGGUCAUGUGACAGCUUGACAUUAUUAAGACAUUAGAUACCGAAUGGAGCAUUCCUAGAUAAGUGCACAUAUCACCUCUUCAUGGUUGGUCUCUUUCAAUACAUUUUUUUUUCCAUUGCAGCACUGCAACGUGUCCAACUUACUUUAAAAUGACUAGUGAUAUCUGUUUCCUAUUGACUGAGCUUCAAUGUACAAAGCUAGAUUGUGAUUUCGAUACCAUGCUUGUACACUGCAGAUGACCCUGCAACCCGGUAAUAAAGAGGUUGACUCAAUAUUCAUUAGAAGUUUCGUGGUUGGUUUUACAAAUCUCAUCAUCAUUAAUAUUGAAGUUUUGGUCCAGGUCUGUGAAACCAGCUAUAACACUUUACCCAAAUCCCAAAUGAAGUCACUUCCCCCCCCUGCACAGAGCCUUGUAAAUACUAAAGCCAGCCAUGUCUGCAUGUUAUUAUCCUGUAUUUAGUAACUUUAGGAUGUCGCUUGCUAUUUGUGACAGAUAUACACAUAUCAAAAUGGAGCAGCCAAGCACUUAAGCUAUACUGCAUUUCAUUGCUGUUCCUGACUGCAUUUAGACAGUGUUUAUGUUCAUAUACAAGAAAUUCAAAUGUGUUUAAAACAAUAAAACCUGAUUUCUAAAAA